AUGGGCUUCACCACCGGCUUCACAGGAGGAGUCACCUUGACCCUUGGUGUCGCCUACCUGACCGUCCUCGCCCACCAGCGCAACCGUGAGCGUCAGUCCGCCGUCCUGCGCGCAAACAACUACGUAGUCUCGGGCAUCACCGACCCUCUGCCGCCAGUAUACCCUCCUACACGAGCUGAGCUGGCUGCCAAGGAGCGAGAUAGUUUUGUCGAGACGGCCAAGGACAAGUGGAACCUCGAGGUCGAACGCGAGAUACGAUGGAUUCAAAACACCGACUGGGAUGAGGUCCGUGAGGGCGUCGAGACCGCCGUCGGACGUCUGUGGGCCAGGGCACUCGGAAGGGCCAUCGACGAGACCGAAAAGGGCGAGCAGAAGGCCGGUGCUGUUGCAUCCGCCCUCAAGAGCGACGCCGAGAGGAGAGCAAAGGCAACUGCCGACAGCGCAAAGUUCACUGCCAACGAGAAGGCCGGAGGCGUCGCAGCCGCUGCCCAGAGUGCAUUUGCCAACGCCAAGGCUCAUGGUUCAGAAGCCACCAGCACAGCCCAAAAGGAAGCCGAGCACGUCAAGGGCUCCAUAGUCGAUGCUGUGGGCCGAGGAAUUGCGGCUGGCAAGGAGGCUCUGGGAGUCGCCCAACAGAAGUUGGUCGGCGCUGAGCAGAUUGUAGAAGGCAAGAUUGACGAGGCAAUCUCCCCUGUCGAGCGAACACUGCGACAAAGAUACGAGAAACCGAGUGGCAUAAAUCAGACGGUGGAGGAAGCUCUGGCUGAGCGAUACACGCCCAUCGACCAGAGGAAAUAUGUCGAGCUCAGGGGUGUAUAG